AUGUAUAGAUUAAAUCCAUUAAUAAACAUUGUACGUUAUAAUGGUAAUAAAUUGUCAGUUUUCUCAAACGCGAGCCGCUCAAGAAGGUUUCUUGACUCAAGAAGAUUUUUAAGUAAUUAUGUACAUAUUGCAUUUAAAAACAAUGGAAUCCAGAGUAAUGUAGAACACAGACUUAGACCAAGCCGUUUGCUUAUUUUUUACAGUGAUACUAAGACCAUUGGAUCGCGUUUCAAUGGUUACAGCUCGGAUUAUUCGAGCCUGUUGCUGCCAUCGACCACCUUGCACCUGAACAGGAACCUAUAUAGAUUUUUUUCCUCUAAACUAGAUAAGAUCCCGGUCCAGAAGCAUGGAAUCUCUAAAAUAUUUAAGCUCCUGUGGCCAACAGAUAACGCAUCCAAGAGAAAGAUCCUGGUUAGCAUGGUCUUUCUGGUAUCUGCGAAGUUGUCGCUGAUCUCAGUCCCACUGUUCCUAUCUCAACUAAUCAGCGCAGUCCUGAAGCCACCUCACGACCCAUUCGGGCUAGUUCCGAAGCUCGAGGUGCUGGGAAUGGACUCGCCGGAGUUCUUGCUCCCGUUCGCGUACCUGUUUGGGUAUUUCCUGUCGAGAGUGAGCACGUCACUGUUCAACGAGCUGAGAAACUCGGUGUUCAGCGCAGUGACGGAGCGCUCAGCGCGAAUCAACGCGUCCAACAUGUUCAUGAACAUACACAACCUGGACAUAGACUUCCUGAUACAGUCGAAGUCAGGAGAGGUGUCGGCAGUGUUCUCUCGAGGAAUCAAGGCAAUAUCGCAGAUACUUCGGAUCACAGUGUUCCAGGUGGUGCCGGUGAUCCUGGAGUUCUCGCUGGUGACGGGGCUGCUGUGCUACAAGGUGGGACCUUCGAUAGCAGCAAUCUCAGCGGCGACAGUGUGUCUGUACCUGCUGUUCACGACGCUCGUGACGAAGAGGAGGAUGGUGAUCAGGAAGGACAUGGCGGACGCGGACAGAAAAGCAUCAGGCUUGUUUCUGGACUCGAUCACGAACGCGGAGGCAGUGAGGUACUACAACUCGCAGAUGACCGAGCUCCAGAGGUACGCGAAGCACCAGAAGGAGUACGAAAAGAACGCAGUCGACGUGCAGAAGAGCCUGGCAUUCUUGAACUUCGGACAGCAGCUGAUCUUCAACUCAGGGCUCUUCGUCUCGCUGCUGCUGACACUGAAAAGCGCAAUCAGCGGAGCCACGGAGAUCAACAACUUCAUCAUCGUGAACACGCUGCUCUUCCAAAUCGGAGUGCCGCUGAACAUGAUCGGCACGAUGUACAGAGAAGUGAAGCUGAGCUUCGUAGACCUGCAGAAGUUCCUUGACCUCGUGAGCAUAGCGCCGAAGGUGCACGAGCUGCAGGACGCAAAGGACCUGGUGAUAGACCACGGGGCCAUCGAGUUCAGGAACGUGAGCUACUCGUACCCGAGUUCGGACUCGGAGCCGCACAUGAUACUGGACGACUUCUCGCUCCUGGUUAGGCCGGGCAAGACAGUGGCGAUCGUGGGCGACUCUGGUUCAGGAAAGAGCACAAUAUCGAAGCUGCUCUUCCGCUUCUACGACCCGACCUCAGGAACAAUACUGAUCGACGGCCAGGACAUAAAGAACGUAACGCUGAGGUCACUGAGAGAUUCACUGGGAAUUGUUCCACAGGAUGUGGUACUGUUCAACGAGUCGAUAAAGUUUAACAUUUCAUACGGGAAGCCAGGGGCAACUUUCGACGAAAUAAUGGAAGCAGCGAGACUAGCUGGAAUCCAUGACACAAUCAUGAGCUUCCCAGAAGGAUACGACACAAUGGUGGGAGAACGAGGAAUGAAGCUGAGUGGAGGGGAGAAGCAGAGAAUAGGGAUAGCAAGAUGUUUCCUAAAGGACCCACAGAUACUAAUAUUUGACGAAGCGACGAGUUCGCUGGAUUUUAAGGCGGAAUCGCAAAUAAUACAAACCUUUAAGGAAAUGGGUACCACCAAGAGCACAAUUAUGAUCGCACACAGACUGUCAUCGAUGCUCAUAGCAGACGAGAUAGUAGUAUUCCGCGGAGGGAGAGUGGUGGAAAUGGGAUCACCAUCUGAACUGUUUAGGAAUAAGAAGGGAUACUUUAGACAGGUGGUCAACUCAAUAAACCUGAGGUCGAGAACAGAAGACUUGUCAUUAUAG